CAGAACUAGGUCUAAGUUAAGGAAAGUUCUCUGAAAUGUACAAAAUAUAUCUUCUCCUUGUAUAUUUCUUUAUAAGCGGCAUAAAAUACUGGUUUAGUAUAAAAAAUCGAAAAAUAUUUUUCAGGUAAAAACGUGUUAAAGAUUAUUAAGCUCUUAUAUGUAUUUAUAACAUUACAAUAGAAGGUAAAAGAAAAAACUUAAUCUACGAUAGGUUUAAAGCAUUCUUAGCAUAUUACAACAGAGAGCAGUGAUUUCACACGUGGAGUUAAAUGUUUCUUAGAAAUGGAUCGAUUGUAUAAAGUUAUUUACGGUGCUCUGUUCAUAAUCUUGUGGAAAGACAUAUUGGGGGUCAAUACAUCCAUUGCUGGAGUGACAUACAUAGAUGAUUUCGACUUCGAAGAACGAUAUGAAGAUAUCAACGAGUGCAACCCUUUUUAUUGGCAUCCUUUGCACUUGCCAGAGGAAUGCUUCCAAAUAUUUGAAACUUUAAUUAGAUCUAGACUUGCGUUUUCUCCAUACAGAAUUUUUAAACAGAAAGAACAAAAGCAGUUAAUUUAUCCAUACACAUUCAUAAACGCACCUCUCAUUACACCUGAGGUUUUUGAAGAAGUUCACACGCCGCCGCCUUCGUCACCCUUAGAAGUAUUGUUUAAAUGGUUAAAAAGAGAUAUAAUGAAUAAUCCUAGUGGACCUACCAUUGAAACAUCUCCUUAUUUUGGAACUAUCGCAAUGUAUAAGCAACCCAUUUCAUACAAAAGUGUAACGUUGAUUAAAAAACUCGCUCGCCUAUAUGCUAAUGCAUUUCCUACGAUGGAUUUAAAAACACAAGAAAAUAUAGAGUAUGAAAAAGAUAAAAAAAAAAGUGAAAUAAAUCAGAAAAUAAAAACUAAUGGAAACACAAAACAGACAACUUAAGUAACAACUUAACAAUGCGUCAGCUAUAAAACAAGAGAACGUCUUUUCUACAUUUAUAUUUUUAUUUUUAAACGCAAAAUCAAGAUUGUAAAAUUGAUUUGUAGAGCACAAUUUUAUGGUAUUUCUCGUUUAUUUCUUCAACUUGUUUAACAAAUAUCCAUUUUCUAUUUUACUGAAACUCCACAGAAAAUUACCAUUUUCCUAUUUCAGUGCAAUAAAGUAAUUAAAUUUAGCCCUAUAUAUUUUCAUUUCUGGGGAUUCCUUAAAAAUAUAUAUUUUUUAAAGGACAAGGUUUUCUCAUUCGCUGAUUCAAGACUUUUAUAAUAUAACACACACAUCUCUUAGAACUAUAAUUAUAUAUUUUUUUCUAAACGACAGGAAUAUUUAAUUUAAUUAAUUCAUUUCUAAAUAACUUUCCUUAAUAAGAUUUUACAACUAGAGUUUAAGCAGUCAUAGUUAACUAUCUAUACCCCCUGAAAUUUCACUUACCUAUAAGUUAUUUUAACGUGUAGUUAGUCUCCUGACGUCAUUUCGAAUUCAACAUGGUGGAUCCCUAAAGAGGUCGGUAUGCUUAAUCCGAGUUUGCAUCGUCACACUAAAUACGAAGCGUUUCUCCUGUCUCGUUCAAUAACGUGUGGGAAGAUGUGCGAAGAUUUAUGAAUAAAAAAUCUGUUAAAUCUCCGUAUGUGGCGUAACAAUGUCAACUCAGACUGAGCAUAUGGAUCAGUUAGGAAUCAUAACAUGGAUGUAAAAAUUAGCAUCUAAGUAAACAAAGCUGAAUUAUGUAAUGAAAACAUUUUGUAAAUUAUUACAAAUAUAUUGAAAGUUAUACAAA